AUGAGCAACUCGUCUCAGACCAAGAACUUUGUUGCUUCCAGCUCUGACUGCAUUCCAUCAGAGCCCGAAACACCAUCAAUAGCACCAUCUCUGAUUUACUCGGAGGAGUCGGACGACCAAGAGGAGGCGACGGUUCAGAGUCCUCAGAGUCCGAGUUCGACCCGUCAACGUCGCGCCUCAACAAGGCUCAUUGCGAAAAAUGGCCGUGACAUCCAGCGCAUCACUGGCGAAACAACUGCCGAGUUUGUCGGUCGUUGUUGCGGCGGUGGCUGUUGCUUGCUGGGCUCCCGCCCUCCUGGCGUAACGUACGAAAAAGUCUCCCUGCCCGAUAAUGACGCUUUUCGAUCGCUCGGGCUGAAAAUACGCGACAUUCCGACAAAGCUGAGCAAGGUGGCGCCAGUUCCAGAAAAGACGGUGGCUUUCAAAUCCAUUCCAAAGGCUGCCAAUUCCGCUUCGUCAAAGGACUCGGGCAUUUUUGUGGAUUCCGAUCAUGAAUCCGUCGCAGGAAGUGAUUCGCCGUCGGACAAUGCCUACUGGGAUGGAAAGCUGGCCCUUGUUGAUACUUCGAUCCAGCCGCCGAGAUUCGUCCAACCGCAUCCUCCCUACCAUGUUCACCCUGCCAAGAUUCAUACUGCCAGAGAGUUGACCAAGGAGGGAGCGGAGAAGCGGACGUACCAUUUCGACCUUGACAUUACCGACUACCCUGACGAGGACGGGACGGAGUUCAAGGUUGGUGGCGCCAUCGGCGUCAUGGCUCCCAACUGUGAUUUGGCCGUUGAGGAUGUUCUCGAUGCACUGAUGGUGCCUCGGUUUCUUCGCGACAAACCUGUCCUGCUAGUCACCUCCAAAGGAAGGUAUCCUACUGUCUGGGGCGAUGAAAAACCUAGAGAGCUCGCAACCACGCGACGCGAUCUUCUCACGUGGUGCACCGAUCUCCAGUCGUACCCGCCAACCAAACCCCUUCUCAGAGUUCUCGCCGAACACGCCGAAGCCGAGAGCGAGAAGAAGAUUCUCAUGUUUCUGUGCUCGUCCGAGGGCCAAGGCACCUUUUGCGACUUGCGAACUGGGCCUCACAUUACAGUCUCGCAGCUGCUCAGCGCGUUUCCUAGCUCCCACCCGCCCAUGGACGAGCUGCUCUCCUGUCUUCAACCCCUUAUGCCUCGUUUCUACUCCCUCUCCAACGACCCUCACGAGUCCUUUCAAAUUCGAGAUCAGAAACAGCAUCGCCUCAUCGAAAUCGCCGUGACGGUCCACGAGACGAACGACUGGAGGAAGGGCUGCCGCACCGGGGUGGGUUCCGGUUUCUUUGAAAGGCAGGCUCGUCGCUACAUUGCAGCGCAGGAGGCGGGCGAAAAGUCGGCAGAAUUCUACAUUCCCAUGUUCAAGGGUCUCAUGGCCAAUCCGCUGGCCGCGCAAUUCAACUCGGACGGCCCCAUGCUGCUCAUUGGCGCCGGCGUCGGCAUCGCUCCUUUCCGUGGCUUUGUUCAGCGUCGGCUGAAGCAAGCCAACUGUGCCAACAAGGUCUGGGUUCUGCAGGGUAUUCGCGACUCGCUGGUUGACGAGAUAUAUAGCGGCGAGUGGGGGGUUCAUGAAGACGAAGUCAAGCGCGUUGUGGAGAGCCGUCGAGGCGAAGGCCGCUAUGUUCAAGAGGAGGUGCGAAACCAGGCCGAUCUCGUGUGGUACAUUGCCAACACGGUAGACGGCCGCAUUUUUGUUUGCGGCAGCUCCAAGGGCAUGGGUGAAGGCGUUACGGAUGCUCUUGUUGAUGUCGCCAUGAUCAAGGGAAAUUUGGAGCGAGACGAGGCCAAGAAUUUCUGGCAACUAAAGAAGGACGCCGGACAAUAUAUUGCUGAGACAUGGUGA